AUGGCGGACCAACCGAAAUGCAAAUGCAACCGAUGGGUUAUUAGUCUUCAAGCAGCAUUUGAAAGAGACGAUUUUGAGAAACUCUUCCGUAAAGCGGUGCAAAGUAUCACUGAAGAGGAAUUUCAAAGAAUCCCGGAAUUUCGUCAUCGUGAAGACGCGUUGGCCUGCCUUUUCGGUCGUCUUCUUCUCCGACACUCGGCUCAAAAGUUCAGUGGGGAACCAUGGCCAACUAUCAAAUUUGAGAGAACUGAACGUGGAAAGCCAUUCUUAGCAGUUCCGGCAGACACCAAGUUCGGAUUGAAUGUAUCUCAUCAGGGCGAUUAUGUGGCAUUUGCAAGUAGCUGCAGUUCGAAAGUUGGGGUUGAUGUGAUGAGAUUGGAUACUGAGAGAAACAACAAAACUGCUGACGAGUAUAUCAACUCUAUGGCCAAAUCCGCGUCACCUGAAGAGCUCCGUAUGAUGCGUUCUCAACCAACUGAAGCCAUGAAAAUGACUAUGUUCUAUCGUUAUUGGUGUCUCAAAGAAGCAAUCCUGAAAGCAACUGGAGUCGGUAUCAUGAAAGAUCUCAACAGUUUGGACUUCCGUGUGAAUCUUCAAGAUCGCUAUCGUCCAGGGGCAUUCGUAACUACCACAACUGUCCUUGAAGAUGGUCGACUUCAAGACCAAUGGAUUUUUGAGGAGACGUUCGUGGAUGGAAAACACUCAGCCGCUGUUUGCAAGGAAAAAAAACUCCCACGCGAAUGUGUGUUCAGACAAGAUCCAGAAGCGAAAAUUUUUUUCAGCAAGAUCACAUUUGAUGCUCUUCUUGAAAACGCUGAAAUCAUCAAUCCAAUGCCAAACAACGCAAUCGAUGUGUUUGAGGAUUUUAUGAAGAAACCAAGGAAGACUUUUUGA